ACGUUUUUGGUGGCUGAACGGUGGGGCGUUCGUGAAGUUGAUUGUGAAUAUCAUAACAUUUGAUUGAUACUGCUGACGGCUUCAUCUGAAGUAUGGGAAGUGUCAAGUACGAUCGGGCCAUUACGGUGUUCUCGCCUGACGGUCAUUUGUUCCAGGUCGAAUAUGCGCUCGAAGCCGUCAAGAAAGGUGCUACUGCGGUCGGUGUUCGGGGUGAUAAUAUUGUCGUACUAGCGGUUGAAAAGAAGUCGGUUGCAAAGCUUCAGGAAGAACGAACCGUUCGAAAGAUCUGCCCCAUCGACGACCAUGUUGUGAUGGCAUUCGCAGGCUUAACAGCGGAUGCUCGUGUGUUAAUUGACCGCGCACGGGUCGAAUGCCAGUCACAUCGACUGACCGUCGAAGACCCAGUCAGUCUCGAAUAUAUUACUCGCCAUAUAGCUCAAGUAAAACAGAAGUAUACCCAAUCGAAUGGACGCAGGCCCUUUGGUAUCACUGCAUUACUCGCUGGUUUUGACCCUGACGGAACCGCUCGCCUAUUUCAGACUGAUCCUUCCGGUGUCUACCACGAAUGGAAGGCUAACGCGACAGGUCGUUCGGACAAGACGGUUCGUGAGUUUUUAGAGAAAAACUAUAAAUCUGAGGAAAUGUCAGACAACGACAAGGUUAUUCGGCUUGCCAUUCGUGCCCUUCUGGAAGUUGUUCAAGGUCGAAACUUGGAGGUUGCUGUAAUGCGGAAGAAUGAAAAGUUAAAAAUGCUAGAUGUAAAAGAAAUUGAGAAGUUUGUUGAAUCGAUUGAAAAAGAGAAAGAAGAGGAAGCUGACAGGAAGAAGCAAGCCGGCACAGGGGGCUCAAAAAGCACAGCCUAAAGAAAAGCAGAGGGACAGGUUGACUGUUGAUGACAACCAGUAGGCUUAUACACCAGUAGUCAUCUAAAAACUUUAUACACCUGCUUCACUUCAUGUAUGCAUCUAUAUAUUCUCAAGGUACGAACCUGAACACACGCGAAUAAACGCAGGUUAUUAUAACUGCAACCAGUUUGCGCAAGUGGGCCAAACAGCUGUUGCUCGAUGAUAAAAAUAACGAAUAAAAAAUAACACACGGCGACAUGGACAGAAUAAAAAUAAACAACUUCGAUUUUUUAUUUAGUUAUAUAAAAAUACUAGUAUCUUCAACUAUAUCAACAUACUCCAUGUAGUAAUAAAAAUUUGUCGCUAACCUGUUUUAACGAGAUGUUCGACUUAUUCCCUAUAUUUGUUUUAGAUAUGCUCUUCUGAUUCUUCUAAACAAGAGUUCCUCAUCUAAAAUUGUCUCAAUAACAUUAGGAAUGCCCUCUAAAUGGAAAUGUUAAUUUAUUCCUAUUAUUACUAUUAGUAGUAGUAGUAGUAGUAGUAGUACUAGUAGUAGUAGUAGUAGUAGUAGUAGUAGCAGCAGUAGUAGUAGUAGUAAUACAUAGUUAUCAAACAGCGCUUUAGCAGAGGCCAGUCUAAUAAAUAAGCUACUUUCCGUCUUUAAAGUUUGGAAACCGACUAGGGCGAAAUUCGUGUAGAUUCAUCUUUUCGCUGUGUUCGUCAAUGCGCUGGUGUCAUUUAGUAUUCGCGCCAUCUUGUUGCAAAUCACAUCUCGCCUCCAUGCGAUGUGCCUUUUGCUUGAACUCUGCUCCAAGACUCAACUACAUCAACAGUUACGUGUGUGCUUCGCUUAAAUACAGCCAAAAUCUCAGUCAUUUAGUUUACGUAGACGCGCGAAUUCGGCUCUUUAAUCAAGAAGUUUGAUAUCCCUUUGCUUUUUUU